CCAAAAAUUCCUCCAUCUCUCUCUCUCUCUCUCUCAAGUCUCAAGCUGACCCACACGGUCUAAAUUUCAAAGGUCUCUGUUCCAGUCUCACACGGACGUAUCGGAACCCAAUCUGGCUUAAUAAUGACAGAUACGGAGCUGCAAUUCGCUUUUUUCCCCCUUUCUUUUGGGUGCAUUUUGAUCUUUUUGUUCAUUACUUUUGGUUCGCGUGCUGACUUGAAGCUGCCGUGUUGAGACUCUUUUCUCGCACUCGGAACCUCUCUGCUAAAACUUUUUGAAGUCUUUCUAAGUGGGUUGCUGCUAGUUUCCCUCAAAAUCGGGAAUUUGAUUGAUUUCGCAGCUGGGUUUUAUGUGAAGGACCGUGAAGGCAAGGUUCCAAGCUAUGAAGUGCUUUUCGUGCUUAAAUGGGGAGAAGAAGGAUGAUGUGAGAACUCCGAAGUGGGUUUCUGCUCAGUCCACAGCUUCUAUAUUUACUGACUCUGAUGUUAGGAGAACUGGCUCUGAAUUGAAUUCCCGAUACGUCUCCGAAGCAAGCACCGAAUCUGUGGGGAGGACUCCUUUUCCUAAUGCUUCACAGAGCAAUCUGAGAGCCUUCACUGUUUCAGAACUCAAAUCAGUCACCAAGAACUUCAGCCGCUCUGUGAUGAUUGGAGAGGGUGGAUUUGGGUCUGUUUAUAAAGGAAUGAUCAAGAGUACUGAAGAUCCAUCUAAAAAACUUGACGUGGCUGUCAAGCAGCUGGGCCGGAAAGGAACCCAGGGACAUAAAGAGUGGGUGACGGAAGUUAAUGUUCUUGGUGUCGUUGAGCAUCCAAAUCUUGUAAAAUUAGUUGGAUACUGUGCUGAGGACGAUGAAAGAGGAAUUCAACGGCUUUUGGUAUAUGAGUAUAUGCCAAAUGGAAGCGUUAAUGAUCAUUUAUCAUCUCGAUCCCAAACAACCCUUCCAUGGGGAAUGCGACUAAGAAUAGCUCAAGAUACUGCUCGUGGCCUGACAUACCUACAUGAGCAGAUGGACUUCCAGAUAAUUUUUAGAGAUUUCAAAUCGUCGAACAUUUUACUGGAUGAGCAAUGGAAUGCCAAGUUGUCGGACUUUGGAUUAGCAAGACUCGGACCUCAAGAGGGUUUAACUCAUGUAUCAACAGCGGUUGUAGGAACCAUGGGAUAUGCUGCUCCUGAAUACCUGCAAACUGGACGUCUCACGUCGAAGAAUGAUGUAUGGAGCUAUGGGGUUUUCCUCUAUGAACUAAUCACUGGUAGGCGCCCUUUAGAUCGUAACCUCCCCAAGAGUGAACAGAAGCUUUUAGAGUGGGUGAAGCCGUACCUAUCUGAGUCAAAGAAGUUUAAGUUGAUAGUGGACUGCAGGCUUCAGGGGAAAUAUAACAUCAAGUCUGUGUACAAGCUUGCAACGGUAGCCAACAAAUGCUUGCAUAAGAAUGCAAAGUUACGCCCUAAGAUGAGUGAGGUGUUAGAGUUGGUGGGCGAGAUUGCAAGGAAUUCAACCAGCAUGGACUCAUCGAAUAGUCUUACGGCAGUGGAGGCUCAAGGGCAUACAGGAACGCUAAAUAAGAGGAGGAUCUUUGAUCUUAAAGCUUGGGAAAGCGGGUGGUUGGGUCGGAUCUGGAAACUGAAGGCUGCGAGGCCAUGCUGAGAAGCAAAGGUUUCAUGUAAAUAGGCAUGAUUAAGGCCAAAUGAAGCAAGAGUAGGAAAAAGGCAGCAUGGUGUGAAUAGAACUUGGGUUCAACACAUUGCAGGCACAAAAGACCGAUAAUUAUUGGUGAUGCUGUAAUAUAUUGUUCUCGUAUAGACAAAUUCGUUUGAUGUAGAAGAGUGAGGCCUAUGAUGAGAGAAAAGUCGAAACUCAUGGUUUUGGCCACGGAAGAAGGAUGAACUGGUACAUGAAUGGAAAGUUGGCGAGCUUCCUGUAAAUGUAGAACACAUGAAAUUGUCGUGCCAUGUGAUCGACACAAAUCUGUUUUCUUCGAGUUUUGAAUUGAUAUCAAUCCUUUGUUGGAAAGU